CGAACCGAGCUUCUCCCUAUUUAUGUCCUACUAGUGGUCUGCCAGCGGUUUCCCUGAGCUCUUCCCAUCAUUGAAAUCCAAGAAUCAAUUCCUAUCCAAAAAGCAGAAAUUAGGAUAGCGGCACCUAGAUGGAGAAGAUUGGCGAUGAACAAAUUGGUGAUUUGGUGGGCCGCCCGGCUAACGAGAAGAUUGCCGAUGCCCAAGCUGGCGGUUACUUCGUGGGUCUCCCGGGUAACGAGAAGAUUGGCGAUUACUUCGUGGGUCGCCCGGUUAACGAGGAACAAGCUGGCGAUUACUUCGUGGGUCGCCCGGCUAAUCACGAGCAACAAGCACCACCACCACCAGCGAGGCCAAGCAUUCUCGGAAAGAUCGUGGGUCUCUCGGGGGGUUCACGAGAACUUCCAGAAAGCAGCACAAAGUAUGAAUAUAGCGAUCUGGUGAAGGCUACCAAGAAGUUCACUAGUCGAAUUAGACUUGGGGAAUUUGGGGUCGUCAACAUGGCAGUACUUGAUAAUGGGAAGGUGCUAGCUGUGCAGACACUCCGGAGAGAGAAAAAAGGUGAGAAAACUUACAAGAACUUCGCGCAUGCCAUCUCUACACUCGACCACAAAAAUUUGUUGAAGUUAGACGGCUACUGCAUGGAUAAACUGGGAGCUUUUCUUUGCUAUGAACAUCAGCAGCCCUAUCAAACCCUUGAGGACUGCCUUCUAGCAGGGACGUACAAUACACAGCUCAACUGGCAACAGCGAGUCAGCAUACUGAAAGGCAUCUGUGAAGGCCUUCAAUACCUCGAAGGCUGCAAAACUGUAAUUAAAAUUCGGGUUACCUUGAAAGUUGACUGCAUACUUCUUCACGAAGACAAGACCACCAGCGUUCUAACACCAAAACUUGCGGAGUUUGGUAUUUCGAAAAAACUUGAUGAGGAUGCAACCCCGGGUGGAUACGGGCCCACGGACGAUUUUGUACGGAAGCGAAAAGACGACUUCUCACCGGAUAUUGACAUUAAGAGCUUUGGUAUUAUCCUCAUGGUCAUGGUAUCUGGUCUAUCGAAGACGUCAAAUAAACUAGAUCCUUUUGGCAAGGAACUGAUUGCCGUUGUGAAUAAUCACCAUAAAAAGAAUGAUCUCGUGUCAUUAAGGGAUCCAUUUUUAUCCAAGGCCGAUUGCCAGGAGGAAAUUGAGGAAUGCAUCGAGUUAGCCUUAAACUGCACAAGUGAGUAUGAAGCCUUCAGGCCUCGCUUAGCUCAGAUAGCCCCCAUCCUGGCCAAUCUUGGAAGGAAAAAGCAAGAAAAAGCUUUUGGAGGUUAUACCCAAAGAAGAUACCAUAACUUGCACCAAGAACUUGGGCAAGAUGAAACUUCUUCAAAAGGAUCAGGACAUGUAAAGGUAGACCAUGUACAGGAAUAUGGGUAUGAUGAACUUAGUAAUGCUACCGAGAAUUUCGCCGAUCAUUGUGAGAUCGGACGUGGGGCGUUCGGUAUUGUCUAUAAGGCAGUACUUAACGACAAGGUAAUUGCAGUGAAGAAGCUACAGAAAGAAAGGUUCUCAGGACAAUUCCUGAAUGAAGUAAGUAUUCUAAUAGCCCUGAGGCACAAAAACCUAGUGAAAUUAGAAGGGUACUGCUUCAAUAGACAUGGGACCAUGCUUUGCUACGAACAUCUCCCUGGCGGGACACUUCAAGAUCGCCUUCAAGGUCAAGGUGGCAACCUUGAUUGGAAACAGCGGUACCACAUAAUUCAAGGAAUUUGCAAAGGGCUGCAGUACCUCCAUGAUGAGUGCCCAGAUGGUGUCCGCAUCGUCCAUAUGGACUUAAAAACAGAUAACGUACUGGUUCAUGUCGACGCCAAUGGAGUACUGACCCCAAAAAUUGGAGACUUUGGUAUCUCAUGGCCUCUUGAUUUGAAUAAAGAGCAUCAGUAUGUCGACAUGCCUGUUGGAAACAUCAACUGCACCCCUCCAGAAUAUCACGUGGAUGGGAAGAUAUCAACCGGAGUGGACAUAUAUAGUUUCGGUCUCCUCAUGCUGGACAUGCUAAUAGGUCAGCCAAGAGCACAAACUGAUAAAAAGAGCCAUUAUGGUCGACACAUUGUUAACCAAGUACAAAAUCAUCUGAUUUUGAAUGAUUUGCACAAAUUGAUUGAUCAGUCCUUAGGUACUGCUUACCAACAAGAAAUACAUGAAUGUAUUGAGUUAGCUCUAAAUUGUGCUGAAAGUGACGAGAACAAAAGGCCUAACAUAGGCCAAAUAUCACUGAAGCUUGCUCAAAUAGGAGAAGGAAAGGUAAGAAAACCAUUGUUGAGGAGUAAUGCGAGCAUACAAGCAGCAGAUCAAAAUGAAGAGUCAUCCAAAGAUGAACUUGAGAACAAGGUUACAUCAGAACAUUUACUGGUGAUAAAGUAUAAUAAUACAUUAGCAGCAAGUAAGGAAUCAACAAGCCUGGAGGACCAGCAACAUGAUGUAAGUCUGACAUGGAGUGGUAAGAGAGGGCGACAAGACGGAGCACUGGAGGAGGCCUUCCACCCUAACCAGGGUUCUUCACACAAGCCAAAGAUGGAGGCCAUAAAUUCUGGAAGUACAGCAACCUGCAACUACCUCUACAUAGAUGCUGCUCCAGCUAAUGCGGGUGAUCACACGUCAGUUGAGUCCAUUCAAAGUGACCUCCUUGACUUCACGCUCGAUUUCGAUGCGAUAUAUGAAGAAGAACCUAGUUGUGAGGAACUUGACUCAACCACUGUAUCCACAAAGCAAGAGAAGGAAACAAAGAAAGCCUUGAAACAAAUAUACGAAGCUCUCCGUGACGUCCUCCCACAUCAGAUUGCAGAAUUCAGUGGUUUUAUCAAGGAGAUGGUGAACGGAGUUCUUGCUAAUGGUGGUGAGUACACACCUUCUGAUGAAUUGCAGGCCGGUUUAAUGGAGCUUGUUGCGCUUUCGAAGGAUGAAGACGCAAUGAAAAGAGCAAAGGAUCGAGCAGCCCGGAGGACAGAGAUAAAUAAGAUGAAAUCCCAGUGCGCCAAGUUCAAGGCCACCAUGCAAGAACAUGCAGUCGAAGCGAAGAAGCUGGCCAUGCAACAAACCCAACUGAAGAAACGGAAGGAGGCCCUCCAGUCAGAGCUGGAGAAAAUCGAGUCGAGGCUGAAGGAUCUUCCAGCCUCCAUCGCCCAGGAGAAGAGCAUAGGGAUGGCGGCACAGGCUGAAGGGAUAACACUAGCGGAGCAGGUGCUAAACGAAGAAGCCGAGAUUGGCGACACGUCUGCUGAUGAAGCGCUGCUAGCUCGGGUGCAGAGAGUCCAGAAAGGCGUGUGCGCCCAGCUGGAGGGUAUCCUCCAGAAAUCAUAAACCGGCCGGCUACACCUUAUCUGCUGUUUCAAAUAAAUCUACGGGAUUUGCUUUUAAUCAUUGUCAUUGAAUUUCUGUGUGUAUUGAGUGAAACUUUUAUGUAUAAUUAUGCAGCUACCUGCUACAGUACAAUUAAAGGUUUUCCAUUUCAUAUGUGAUAUUUUUAAAGGUCAUU